CGAGGACCCACCAAAGCCCUAGCCAUGACAAGGAAGAAAGUAAAGCUUGGGUGGAUAGUGAAUGACAGCGCUAGGAAAGCCAGCCUCAAGAAAAGAAGGGCAAGCUUGUUGAAAAAAGUGAGAGAGCUGAGCACCCUAUGUGGUGUUAAUGCCUGUAUCAUCAUCUACAGCCCCGACGAGGUCGAACCGGCGGUCUGGCCGUCGCCACCGGAGGUCCAGAAUAUGCUCCUCCACUUCCAGAGCUUGCCUGAGCUGGAGAGAAGCAAGAAAAUGAUGGAUCAGGAGAGCUACAUCAAAGAUAGGGUUGCUAGGGUUCAGGCCCAGCUGAGAAAGCAGCAGAGGAAGAACAAAGAGCUCGAAACCUCCCAAAUCAUGGACCAAAUCUUCCAAGGAAGAAUGGUUGAAAGCCUCAGCAUGAGGGAGAUGGACGGCGUUGCCUGGUGGGUCGACGAGAAGAAGAAGGAGAUCCGGAAGAGGGUGCAGUUCUUCCAGCAGAUUCCGCCCCACUCCCCACCACCGCCGCCUCCCCAAGGUCAUGGGACGGCAGUGGCCGCAGCGGGGCCCGAGUCGGGUCCUCGUGCUUAUUUCGACACCGGAGGACAUGACUAUAAAUUAGUCACCAUGGGGCACACUGUCGGCUUGGACGACGGGGCCUAUAGGGUCGACACUGGUCGACUCUCCACCGUCGGCGGUCUCGACAACGGGGCCUACCGGGUCGACACUGGCCCGAACAUGUUUCUGGACAGCGGAGGAGGACACGACUACAAACUAAUCGAGUCGGGGCACAGCGCCGGGACGGAGAGAGGGUUGUCCUCGGCGUCGAUGCCGGGGCCCAUGGUGGAGCAGCUGCUAUGGGAUGACUGGUUUUCAGAGAUGAUGAUUCCUAGUGCUGAGAACAACAUGAUGAAUAUCAACAUUGGGAUUGGCAGUGGGGUAGGAGGGAGUAGCAGUUUCCAUGAACAGAUGGCUGCAGCAUUUCCUCCAAUGCAAGGGAGUACUUACGGAAGCAGCAUUACUGCUCCAACUGCAUCUGCUGCUGCUGCUGCUCCUGUUGUGAUGACUACUGACAAUAUGGGGCAUGUGCCCUAUGAUGUCUUCAAGUCAUCCUGGCCAAACAUUUUUUCUCCUUAAUAAAAUUGAAACUACUAGAUCGAUCUAUGACUCUGUCUAUCUAUCUCUUAAUCAAUCAAUGAUGUUUAAUUCCAUCAUCUAUCAAUCUAAUGAUGGAAUUGAAAUAUUCUGU